UACAAUACCCCUGCAGUCAACCUAAGGUUCCAGAAUUGGGCCAAAACAUCUACCAACAUUCUAUUCACUUUUUGCGUGCAUGUGAUCAAUUACAGGAAUCUUUAGUCGUGUCAGGAUAAUAAAAUCCUCGCUUGAAAGUCAGCUGUACUCGUUCGGGCAAACAACGUUAUUGUGCGCGAAUCUUAAGUUUUCGCUAGGGAGGUUAAGAAAAAGGUUAAUUUUUAUAAGGCAGUGCAAAAAACUAUAACAGGAUCACUUGGAAAGAGCACUUGCCAGGCAAGUGUGCGGUGUACGGGUUUGCCAAGUUCGGUGGAAGGUUACGCAAGUGCGCGAUACGUGCAAAAGGGGGUAGCGAGAAAUCGAAGGGUUCUUUUGUUUUGGUACUACGCGGAUAAUGCAGCGUAAGAGAGGGCGAAAGUAAAGCCAGCUAGAAAACAACGUACAAAGAACAACAAUCAAUUCGCAUUCGAACAUCGUCAUGACCAGCACGGUGUUUGUGCUGGAGGUGUUGCAACUGCUACUGUUGCUGCUUCUUCCUGGAAAGGCCAGCUCGGAUGGUACUGAUGCGGUGGCUGGCCGUGCGACCGCCCCGGUGCUAAUCGUAGUAUCGUACGAUGGCUUCCGGACGGAGUACCUGCAACGCAACAGUUCCGCUUACAUCAACGAUCUACGCCGGAACGGCACAACCAGCGCAUUUCUGCGAAAUGUAUUCCCGACAAAAACGUUCCCAAACCACCACAGCAUCGCUACCGGUGUCUACCCGAACGUGCAUGGUGUGCUAGCCAACGGUGUGUAUGAUUCGCUGCAAGGUCCGCUUAAUUAUUCGUAUGAAUUGUUUCACUUCAACCCAGAACUGUUACCGAUUUGGGCACUGAAUCAAUAUAAUGGGGGUCACAGUGGAUGCAUGAUGUGGCCUGGAGCAGACUUUGGCUACGGACCGCGGAACCUUACCUGCAGCCACAUGCAACCGUUCAAUCUGUCCGUGCCCUGGAUGGAACGGCUCGAUACGGUAUUCCAAUGGAUACGGGACGCGGAACGACCCGCCAAUCUAGUGUUACUUUAUAUCGAAGAGCCCGAUUACGAUGGCCACAUAUACGGGCCCGAAUCAGAACGAAUCGAGCAGCUGGUGGUGAAACUGAACGACCUAACGCGCCAACUGCACGCGAAGAUUGCCGAGCAGCGAUUGCAGGAGCGCGUGAAUGUGGUGCAUUUGAGCGAUCACGGGAUGGAGGUGCUGAUGCCGAAGAAUUUUAUCAAUCUAACAUCGUUGGUUGCGGCCGACCUCCGGUACGACACGUACGGUACCACACCGGUGCUGCAGAUUGUACCGAAGGUGGAGCAGGACCGGUCGGAGUUGUACCGGCAGCUGAAGCGUGCGGCCGAUGCGGACGGUAGGUUCGAUGUGUACAUGCAGGAAAAUUUACCGGCCCGUUGGCGGUACAACAAUACACGGCGCACCGGACCGAUCACAGCGGUGGCACAACUUGGCUACGGGUUCGACGAUAUGUGGCAAACGGUCGACUACUAUCGGAAGAAAUUCCGCGUCGAAGUUACUCCCGAUACUCCGUUCGGCAUGCACGGGUACGAUAAUUCGCAGCCCUCCAUGAAUUCUAUUUUCUUCGCGUACGGUCCAGCCAUACGGGAGCAGCUAACCGUGGACCCGUUCGAUACGGUCGAUCUGUACUAUAUGUUUUGUGGGAUCCUUAACCUCAUGCCACCUUCCUAUCUGGCUGGCAACGUCACCCACAUCCAGCACAUACUGCGCAAUGGUUCGCGCGACGAUGAUGAUGACGAUAACGUUCCUAACGGUGACGGUACAGCAGAUACUACGACACGGAUCGAAACAAUCCUCAUGAUUUUUGCAGGCAGUCUUAUCGCGUCCUUUGCCAUUGUGAGCCUGUUUGCAUUUGCUGUUAUAUAUCAGCGACGGAGACGCGAACACAUGGUACCGCCAUAUCUGUACGAGGAAACGGAAACGUUCAUCGACGAAGGUAACAAGAUGCUGCACACAAGCACCACCAAUUCGUCCAUCAAUGGUGAUGUUAUAUCGGUUGACGUUUGAAGCAGUCGGGUGGAGAUGAAUCGCUCGCAACAUAGUUCGGGCUGGGAGUUUUAUACAGGUCCAGCGCGGCUACGACUAACGAACAUCUUUUUUUUAAACAAAAUUGCUGCGGGGAAUUUGGAAUUUUGAUUUGAACAUUACGUUGAAAAUUGCACCUUAAAGGAUAAUUGCGAGGGUGGUAGUACUACGAAAAAAAAAACGAAGCGAACAAAUUAAGCAGUUGAGCAGUUGGGAAGUUUUUUUUUACAUUAUAUAUUUUAACUGUUUUUUUCAUCAUCAUCACGAAAUUGAAUUCAGCAAUCCCAAAAUGACAUGAAAUUAUAAGAAAUAAUUGAUUUGGUUAAAUGAAAUGAACAUUUCUAUCAAGCGACAGUAUAGCCACAAAAACCAGAACGAUAGAGAGGAAGAGAGAGAGAGAGAGAGAGAAAGAAGAAACAAGUCUAACCAUUAUCUAUUACACUGAAAACUACACGAAGAAGCCUAAACUGAAAAUAUUUCCCAAUAACUUAUUCUUGGCGAAUUGGGGCUGGCCUUAAGCCACUAGAGGAUCUAUCUAUCUACACCAACUAAUGUACAUAAAAACCUAGUCUAUAUCUAUAUACAAAGCAAGAAAGGAAGGGAAGGGACAAUUUAAACAAAGAAGAAAGCGUUCGACUUACGGUUUUUAAUACUUCAUCGUGCCAGGAACGGUUUUCUUUUUUUUUUUUCAAACAAGUUAUCAGAGAUGCGGAGGAUAUUUGGAAACCUAUUGGACUGUACACUCUAUCAUAUUGCUGCGAGAGGGCGGUUUAUAUGAGAAAGGACGUAGCGAAACAAAGAUGCACGAUUGAUUGAGUUAUUUGGAAGGCACAUUUGUGAUGUAAUCGUUGCAGAAUACGACCUGGGUAUUCUUCUGAGCUAUACACAUUGUCGCGCAGAACAUGGCGGUGCGAAGUGUGAUUGUGGUUUGUUACAAUAACCCAAGCGAACGUGACACCAAGUGGUGUGUUGAAUUCAAAGAGAUAAAAAUGGCAGUGAAGACAACAUUUCGCAACAUACAUAUAGGUUACCGAACAGGUACUAGUUCGUUGUAUGCAGCAGUAGCACGAUGGUUGCGUGAUGAUGAAUAAGUAUGGUAGUAGAUUUAUGUCGUCCAUUCCCCCUUUUUCGCACGUUUAUGUUAUAUAUUUCGUCAGCAGGCAACGAAACGAUAUUCACGUGAACAAGAAUGCGCCAAAAGAAGUUGGAAGCAAAGUCUUACACAACACAGCCAUCCACGCUGGACAACUGGAUACCUAUGGUUUAAAUGAAAAAAAAAGGUUAAAGCUAUCUAUAUUGUGAUAUUUUUCUAUGCGAGUAUCUAGGAGCAAGGGAGAUUGUAGUGAUAGAAAUCGAAGGUAACACGCAAGGUCCACCAUUCAGUGGCAUAUUAACGUUUUAAAAUGGUCAAGUGUGUACUAGACUCUGGGCACACGGGUGCUGUUGUCUAAUUACCAGCCAAGACCCUCGUUUGGUUGUGGUUUUCGAGCAAGGC